AGAAAAUCAAAAGAAUUUAUAUUAGUUUCUGGAAUUUCGGUUGCAGUUCCCUUUUCCCGGCGCUUUGCCUGCGUCUUUUUCGUGUAGAGAAGAUAUGUCUGACAAUGACAAAUCAUUAGAGGAUUUUUUUGCGAAAAAGUCGAAAGGGAAGAAGGUUAAAGGGAAAAGCAAAUUCACUACCAGUGAUGCUAUUACGAAGCAAGUUGGGUCAGGAGUUAGUCAGAAGGAGUCUGAUAGUCGAUCUAAAGACCAACCAAGUAAAAAGACUUCAGGUGUGACACCGAUACCGUCGAAACCGAAUGAUGAAGAAUGGAUUGACUUUCAGGAGCCAACUGAAAAGGAUUACUCAGGACUAAGGAUACAGUCAUUACAGAUUGUAGAAAAUGCUGAAGGCGAAGGAUCUGAGGGCAAUGAACAAGAAGAUGAAGAUAUUGAAGGUGAAUCAUCACUGAAGAAAGACAAAACAGUAGGACCAUGGCAGCAACUUCCUGCAACGUCUCAAGCCACUACUGGUCCUCAGGCCGGUGAGGAACCUAAACCAGUAGGGGCUUACAGACCACCAGCCUACAGAGCCCCUGGUAGAAGAGUGCCAGGUGUCAAGAGUAAGACCCCAGAACUCGAUAGUGAAAUUGCUUUCCCCUCAUUAUCAGCAGCCAUGGCAACAAGUAAAAGCAGUACAAAUAAAGAGACAAAUGGUGGAAAGAGUUUUGAAACUGUCAAGCAUGGUUCAAGGACGCUUGAGAGUUUAGCUGAUCGAGGACCACGGCUUGACUUAGGAAAUAAGUUUGAUGCACUAAGAAGAAGCUAAAGCUUGUAGCUGCUUCCCAAAUUUUCCAAAGAAUGGUAAACACAGCGUGGAUGUUGACAGAUGUUUCAAGAGUAAUGAUGUCCUAUUAAGUUUUCCUGAGUUAAAUUACAUGUAAUAGACUAGCUAUAUUGACCACAGGCGGCCCAAACAUUGGAUACGAUUAAUAGGUGACAUUAUGCUGUUGGCGAUUGCGUUACAAUUUUAGCCGUUUAUAAGACAAUGUAUGAGAAUGCUUGGAAAACUGCUCUAAAUACAACGUGUAGAAAAUGAUUUAAAUAAAACUGGCUUACCUCGUGUUUGUAUUCUGUUAUUUUGAUGUCUCAGUGUUCCUGGAGGUGGUUUAGAGCCAUUUAGGCGAUGUUUACUUUCUGACCGUUUGCACUGAGAAAGUAAAAUUUUAAUGGCUCUAAACCACCUCCAGGAACAUUGAUACAUCAAAAUAACGGAAUACAAACGCAAGGUAAGCUAUUUUCAUUUAAAUUAUUUUCUACACGUAGCAUUUAGAGCAAUUUUCGAAGCAUUCUCAUACAUUGUCUUAUAAAGAACUAAAAUUGUAACGCAGUCGCCAACAGGAUAAUGUCACGUUUUAAUCGUGUGCAACGUCUGGGCCGCCGGUGUAUUGACUAGUUCGACAAAGCAGUUCAUAGUCCAGGGAGCAAAAGCCGCUAAAUUCCCGCAUGCCCAGGUGUUUCGCAUUGUCCAGUCAGAUAAAUGCUCUGUGCACGUUGCUAGGCUACGGAAAGUUACUCAGUAAUCUGCCAUAGGCGAGAGAUGUGGACGAUAAACGAUGGUUGCUCCCUGGGCUGGAGCAUCCUAACGUAGAAUGUCUUUCUGUUUUUGUUUGCCUUUUUUGUUUUUUAUCAUGCCACCAUACGGGCCUCGCUCUGUCGCAGUCCUAUGGAAAACAUGAUGCGAGCUAUCGCGUGUAGGGCCAGACGUGUUAACCUGUGCCGCGUCCAGGGAAUGUUCACAACUUCUAAACAAAUCAAACUCGGCAAAGGUGGUGUGAUCAUAUAGUCAUUGACUGAGUCACGUCAGACAGGGCAGUCAGGAUUCCUAUGUUGCUGAUCUCUCAGUCAAUGCAUCCUGAGCCAAAUAUUAUCUGUUCAGCCUUCCCACUCAGUCAAUAAGCUUGAAGUAUUUUUCAGAGAGAGAGAGUGAGUUCAUUUUCAUUUGCACUUAAGGUGAUAUUUUCUUUGUGGGGAUUUUACUAAGCAUGUGAACAAUUAUUUUGCUGUUAUUUCUCAGUAUAUGUCACAUUCAAUAGGCCAAAGUUACCUUACCUUGCUCCCAAUCAACAUUUACCUGUUGUAUUUUUUUAUGCGGGUGAAUUGCGGAAAAAUGACAAAAAAUUUACUGCUUAUAACCAAUAUGAUUUUCAACAAACCUAAUUGAUACAAUAAAGAAUUGUCAAAGGCUUGUGAAAAAUAGUUCGUGGCAAGUUCGUGGACUUGCCACGAAUUAUUUUUUCACAAACCUAAUUCAUAGAAAAAAGUAUUUUGAGUUCAUGUUGUGAACUAGAUCAGGGACGAAUGAGCUGAAAGUCCCUUGUCCUUGUCGCAAGUGAAUAACACAAGUCAAGUUAAUGCUUCCUGUUCUGAUCGUAUAACUAUUUGUGAUAAUUUGCUAUCGCUACCAUCCAGUCUGGAAAUCCUUGGCUUGCUAUUGUUUGCUUUUGAUCAACAUGGUUGCUGUGCAACCCUAAUGUAAUCUUUAUGCUAUAAAGUGUCCUCGUGGCUAUGUUGUUGUGCCCAAAGAAUGAGAAAUUUUUGCGAAAGAAAAUAAUUUAAUUCUCAAAGGUGAAAAAUUUCUUUGUUUGGGAACACCAGCAUGGUCGCUGUUACGUCAUGUGAAAACGGUCUGUAAGUCGGGACAUCGAAAAAAGUACACGUCGGAAGUCAGUCGAGUUUAUUUCUUCCUUCUAGUGAAUGAGUAAUUGAAAAGACUGUAUUAUAUUGUCCAGUUGAAUAUUGAAAUAACGUUAGUGAAUAUAGAUCAGGGUUAAAAACCUGGCUCUGUUAAUCAAAGGAUGGGUAAUGCUGUUGAUCGCCAGAAUAAGUUACUGUUCAGUAGAUAGAGCACACUUAUCCACUCUUUGAAUAUUUGGACCCUGAUGAGGACCCUGAUGACUCUUCAGGCCGAAUAACAAGAAGUGACGGCUUACGAGCUGCUAGACGCGGGUUUCUUUUCUCCGCUCUAAUUAAAGUCUAAGGACCUCAUUUAAAGGAAAUUAAGAUGGUGCUGGUCUUCUCCUUAUAGGUAAUAAAUCGCUGUCAAUCAUUGGA